CAAAUCGCUUCCUCACCGCAAGAAUCAAUCAGCCACGCAAUUUUCACCAUGACAGAAUCUCAGAAACGAAUCGGGCUAAUUGGCCUUUCCGCAAAAGGCUCCUGGGCCUCCAUGUCCCAUCUCAGCUAUUUGAAAUCAUCUCCUCUCUAUAAGAUUACGGCUCUCCAGAAUAACUCGAAAGCCUCUGCUGAUGCGGCUGCGAAGGAGUACUCCUUAAACGAAGUUGCAACUUACGACAACCCCUCCGCAAUUGCAUCGGACCCAAAUGUGGAUAUUGUUGCUGUCAGUGUCAAAGUACCCCAGCACUACGACCUCAUACGUCCCGCUCUCGAAGCCGGCAAGGACGUGUUCUGCGAAUGGCCACUUGCUCGUAAUCUCGCCGAAGCCGAGGAGCUCGUGCAGCUAGCGAAAGAGAAGGGGGUACGAACGUUGGUUGGCUUGCAAGCGCGCCAGAGCCCAGCUAUCAUCAAGGCAAAGGAAAUUGUCGCUUCCGGUACUUUGGGUAGGAUCUUGGGCACGACAAUGUACGGCCAUGGCAUUAUAUUUGGUCCUAAGGUCACAGAAGGCUUUCUAUAUGGAUUGCCCAUCGAAGCUGGCGCAAACUUGGUUACCAUUCCAUUUGGCCAUGCCGUAGACGCGCUGUGCUACGUCCUAGGCGAGAUUAAGGACAUCUCAGCCACGCUCGCGAAUCUUCGCCCUGAGCUUGAGCUUGUGGACAAAGAUGGAAAUCCUAAUGGAAAGGUGAAAAAGGCUGCACAUGAUCAUGUUAGCAUGACCGGUCUUCUGGAAAACGGCGGUGGCAUCGUAUCGGUUACCUACGCCCCUUCCCAGUCGCGCACCAACCGCAAUUUUCACUGGGAGAUCAAUGGCACAGAAGGCUCGCUCGUGCUCGAGGGUGGUAAGAUGGGAGGCCACGUUCAAAUGUACCAGCCUACCAUCAAGCUAGCGGCGCAGAAAGAUCUCGAAGAAAUCCAGGUUGAAGAUGGGUCCGCUUUCUCUUAUAAUGUCGGCAAGGCCUGGGACGCAUUGGCUGGUAUUGGCUUGGACAAGGGCCACGGUGUUGUAACCUUUGAGGACGCGUUGCUUCGACACAAGAUGAUUGAGGCAGUUUACCGGAGCGCGAGACAGGGCACACGAGAGAACUAUGUGUAAAAUACCAGGGUAUUGAGGAUCACAUGGCAUGGCGAGCUGGUCGCAAGAGAGAUGACAAUCGAUCGUGGCUAUAGUCAAUAUUUGCCUAAACGGGUUGUGGGAUUUCAGGCAACACUUCUCUUCCUCGUACAUCAGACAUGAAGUCUGAUAAUUCUAGAGGGUCAGUUAGUUACAGUAGCUUGAAGAUGUAUUAGUG